AUGAUAAUUGAUAAUUUUCGUGGAUUUGAAAAAAAAGCUCACAAAAUUUCCAGACAAAUGCGUUGUCUAACAAUAUUUACCGUCGCAAUUUCAUCCUUCAUAGUUGUUAUGGCAAUUAUAACUGUUCCAUUGUUGUACAGCUAUAUAAAUAAUCUACAAAAUCAUCUCGCUGAAGAGGCCGAUUUUUGUAAAGCAAGAAAAAUAAAAUUUUUUUGCAAAUUUUUUCACAAAAAAGAAGAAAAAAUUACGAAAAAAAAAAUCUAUUUUAAGAUGUCUAUGAAAGAUUUAUUCAAUGAAUUAAUGGCCCUUCAAAAAAUGCAAAUAAAACGUCAAAAACGAGGUUGGUCAUUUGGCCGAUGGAUUAGAGAUGAUUCUGAAGCAUUAAGUCGAGCCAAAAUUUCACCAUCGUACGAUUCACCUUCACCAAGACCAGCCUAUUUACCUCCAUCAUCACCUCAAAUUUUCGUAGAAGCAGCACCAGAGAUAAUAGUUUUACAAUGCACCUGUCAACAAGGACCUCCUGGACCGCCAGGAGCUCCUGGAGAAGACGGAAAGCCAGGAAGAGAUGGCAUACCUGGAAGAUUAGGAGAUGAAGGCCGAAAUGGUUCAGUAAGAAUGGUAGAAGGACCAAGAAAUGAACCGUGCAUCAUAUGUCCUACAGGACCACCUGGACCUCCUGGAUUACCAGGGGCCAAAGGACCCCCAGGACCUCGCGGCGCACCUGGCGUUAGUGGCCAUGAUGGCAAAAUAGGUAUGCAGGGAAUGACAGGACAGGCUGGUCCAAUGGGGAGACCAGGAAUUGAAGGGCCACAAGGAAAAAAAGGAGAGAAUGGUGAAAUAGUUACCAUAGAAGGACCACCGGGUGUACCGGGACUACAAGGACCACCGGGAAUGCCUGGUUUACGAGGCUCGAAAGGUGCUCCAGGCCUUAGCACACCAGGACCUAAAGGGCUUACUGGCGAAGUACUAUUUUUUGUUAUUUAUUAG